GAGGCAUGGAGGUCUGUGGUUUGGGUUUAAAGAUGAAACCUGCCAUAACUGAGUGGCAAUGGGGAACCUCAGGACUGGAAGUGGCUUGAAUGUUUUCUUCUGCCUGGGUACCUGCUGGAAUGACUAAGAAAACAAAAAUGACCUUUGAAUUUCUUUCCCCUGGGGCAGGUCAGAAGAGGUUUAAGGAGCUACAGGCACCGGAAAAGGUACUGAGUAGGGGAUGAGAUCUUCGGAAAUUCUCCCUCUUAGGUUGACACUGAGGGUCUUUGGUGCCCAUCUAGGGAAGGAAGUUGCUUUAAAUUACUGGUGCUUGAGAACUGAGACAGUUGUAACCACUGUGGCCGUUAGGCCUGACAACCAGGCCUUGGGUGGAGUACUGGGGGGUGUGGUGCCCCAGGGGAGGUGUAGGGGCUGAGAAGAACAGGACACCUGGGUUUGCUGAAAGAAGCAGGGUGGAGAGAACCGCACAGCCGCUGGGAGGGACUGGGGGAGGAGUCAGGCUCUUUAGAGGCUGAGUACAGGUGGGAAAGGUCCUCCGUCGCACCUGGGUGAGCUCCUGGCAGCUGUGGGGACUUUGUGGAGAGCAAGAUCUGUACAGAGUCAGAGUUGCAGACCCCACGAAAGACUCCUGUCCCACCGAAGCAGAGGGUAGAAAGAGCGACUGGUAGAUUUCAGAGAAUACCUCUCCGGUAAGGGGUGCCAGACAAGGAGGAUUCUGCAUUCAGCUUCCCAGAGGUGACAAUUGAUUGCUGGGAGCAAAGUUUGGAUUUAAUCGCUCUGGAAGAUACUUAAGUACCCAAAUAUUCAGAAUCCAAUCUUCACUCUGGGAGAAAGGCAUUCAAGACGCCCUUUCCAAGAGGCUCUACCUCCAACCCAUGGCGCUGCCCGGCUCCUCUCAAGCAGAGACUUGGAGCUUGGAUUCUCCGUCUUCCACAGCCUCUUUGCCCUUAGGCCCUCAGGAGCAGGAGGUUGGCGGGAGCCCUGGAGCGUCUGGGGGGCUUCCGCUGGAGAAGGUGAAGCGACCCAUGAACGCCUUCAUGGUGUGGAGCUCUGUUCAGCGCCGCCAGAUGGCGCAGCAGAACCCCAAGAUGCACAACUCUGAGAUCUCCAAGCGCUUGGGUGCUCAAUGGAAGCUGCUGGGCGAUGAAGAGAAACGACCCUUCGUGGAGGAGGCUAAGCGUCUUCGUGCCCGCCACCUCCGCGACUAUCCCGACUACAAGUACCGACCCCGGCGUAAGAGCAAAAACUCAGGCACCGGGUCUGUCCCCUUCAGCCAAGGAGGUGGCCUGGCAUGUGGCGGCCCACACUGGGGGCCAGGGUACACAACAACCCAAGGGAGCAGAGGGUUUGGUUACCAACCCCCCAACUAUUCGACAGCGUACCUGCCUGGUAGUUACACCUCUUCCCACUGCAGACCGGAGGCUCCCUCACCGUGUACCUUCCCUCAGAGUGAUUCUAGGCUCCAGGGGGAGCUAAUAACCUCUUUCCCCCCCUACCUAGCCCCAGACUCUGCCACUCCAUAUACUACUUCCCUUGCUGGUGCCCCCAUGCCAGUAACCCACCUUUAACUGGCAGGGACAUCCAGGGCCAACUCCACAGACCCAGCCAGAGCCCUAAAAAUCUUCCAAGCGAACCAGAAUGCACAAGACCACAGUAAACACAAUGUUUCUGAGUC